AUGGCCGACGCCGAAUACAACGCUGAGGAAGCCGCCGAGCUCAAGAAGAGAAGAGCCUUCCGCAAGUUUUCUUACAGAGGUAUUGAUCUCGACCAACUCCUCGACAUCCCCUCAAAUGAACUCCUCACCAUCCUCCACGCCCGCGCCCGUCGUCGGUUCAACCGUGGCCUGAAGCGCCGCCCCAUGGGAUUGAUCAAGAAGCUGCGAAAGUCGAAGCAGAACGCCAAACCCAACGAGAAGCCCGACCUGGUCAAGACACACCUGCGUGACAUGAUCAUCGUGCCCGAGAUGAUCGGCAGCGUCAUCGGUAUCUACUCCGGCAAGGAAUUCAACCAAGUCGAAAUCAAGCCUGAGAUGGUCGGUCACUACCUCGGCGAGUUCUCCAUCUCAUACAAGCCCGUCAAGCACGGUCGUCCCGGUAUCGGUGCCACCCACUCCUCGCGAUUUAUUCCCCUGAAGUAG